AUGUCCGACCCCGCGUUCUUCAUCGAGACGCCACGUCUCUACCUCUCAUACUUUCAGCCCGAGAUUGACAGCCACUGCGACUUUCUGGUGGAGCUGUACAACACCCCUGAGUUUAUAUCUUCCAUCGGCGGCAAGCCCACAUCCAUCACCACGCGCGAAGCGGCGCGCAAGCGCCUUGCUACUCGUUUCGUGGAAGAGCAUAGCCGAAACGGUUAUGGCACCUAUCUUGUCAGCCUGAAGCCGACGACGGACGCAGAUCAGACCCUGUCUUCCGCGACACCCUUCCCUGAGCGCCUGGCUGCCUGCGCACUUGUCGGCACCGUCUCUCUAAUGCGCGGCGAGCCGCCUGACUGCUUCGCGGCGCCGGAUCUUGGCUUUGCCAUACUGCCGGCCUACAUGCGGCGGGGCAUCGCCACGGAGGCCGCAAAGGCCCUAAUGGACUAUGUAGAGCGUGAGAAGGGCGUCAAGGAUGUGCUCGGCUUGUGCGACCCCAAGAACGAGGGCUCGAGAGCGACGCUGAAGCGCUUGGGAUUUGACUACCGUGGAGAUAUGGAGCUCCGGGUCUUUGGCGGUGUGGUAGGAUCGGUGUGGACAAAGCCCGGCAUGGAGGCCGACUUGGCCGUGUAUGGGCUGUGA